AUGCCUGGUCUUGCGCGCAAGGUCCUCAUUUGCGCCGCCGUAGAUGGCCUGAUCAUCCAGCCUCUCUCCACCAAGGGCCAGCGCCCCUUCAAGCCUGUACAAAUAAAAUAUGCCGACGCAUCUAUAUCUUCUGUGUCUAGAGAACAGAUUCCAGACAUUUCAGCUUCCGAUUCUUCUUUUGAAGCAUUUGGUGUGAUCGGUCUGAUUACGGUAUCGAAGCUCAGCUACCUUGUCACCAUCACCAAGAGGAAGCAGGUUGCGCAAAUUCUUGGCUUCCCUAUCUAUGUCGUUACUGGUGUUGCAGUCACCCCCUGCACGUCGCAACCCGACGCUGUUGCCUCCAUUCGUCGCACCGUGAGAUGGCUCGACGACCGGCCCUCUACUGCAGAUCAAGAUGCCGAGAGUAGUGACGAGGAUGUAGAGCUACCCGCAGCUUCAGCAGACGAAAUAGACGACGGUGCGAGUGAGGGGGGUGAUAACGAUCUAACAUCCUCUCGAAGCAGCAUCGCCGAAGACGUCAUUCGCCGAAAGGGCAGUUAUGGCAGGUUCGCGCAGCGCUGGUUCAGUGCUAGGGGCUGGACAGCAGACCAAAGACGAUCACUGGGGCUGAGUGAUGCUGCAAAUAAUUCCAGGCUGGCCGAGACAGCAGGCGAGCCUAGGAAGGUACCAGUAAACGAAGAAGAUGGCCAGCGACCCGCUACCGCUCUGUUGCCAAAACUCUUGAGAGCCAUGUAUCUGCUUUUUGGCAAGUCGCGAAGCUUCUACUUUUCUUAUGAUGUCGACAUUACUCGUCAUCUGUCCGAAAAAUCCCCAGCCACGCAAGCCGACGUUCCGCUGUACGCCCGGGCGGAUGAAGUUUUCUUUUGGAACAAGGACAUGAUUGAUCCGCUUAUUGAGGCUGGCCGAGAUGAUAUUGUUCUUCCGCUCAUGCAGGGUUUUGUCGGACAAAAGACAUUUAUUGCCGACCACAGCCCGCCUCAAGUCGACGAGCCCAAGAUGGAGUCUGUCGAGCUAAGCACUUUCACGCCGAGAGAGCCGUCGCCCGUUCAAACGGCUUCCGCCAGUGCACGAAAUUCUCUCGAGCUGCGCCCCUCUGAGACCAAAUACCUUCUAACAGUCAUAUCCCGUCGAUCAACAAAACGCGCCGGCUUGCGUUACCUGCGUCGUGGCGUUGACGAGAAUGGGUUCACGGCCAACAUGGUUGAGACGGAGCAAAUUCUAUCCCGCUCUGACUGGGAGGCCUCUUCCCCGAUUUAUUCUUUUCUGCAGGUCCGAGGCAGCAUACCACUAUUCUGGACACAGACCGCAUACGCAUUGAAACCAACUCCUGUUCAGCAGCACUCUGCAGACGAAAACUACAAGGCGCUGAAAAUGCACUUUGAGAGCCUUGUAAGAAACUAUGGGCUAGUCCAGAUCGUCAAUCUGGUCGAGAAGCAAGGAGUCGAGAAAUCGAUUGGCAGCGCCUUUGAGAAGAACGUAGAACGGCUGAACGAGGAAGGCAGCUGUGGUCUUGUGCCCUUUGAGUGGUUCGAUUUCCACCACGCAUGCCGCGGUAUGAAGUUUGAGAACGUCAGCGAUUUGCUCCUAUUACUCAAGGACAAAUUAGAGGAAAUGGGCAGCACCGUGCAAAAAGACGGCAAAGUCACCUCUUCCCAAAGCGGUACUUUCCGCACCAACUGCAUGGACUGUUUGGACCGAACCAACGUCUGCCAGAGCUCUUUUGCCAAGCAUAUGCUUGACUUCCAGUUGAAAUCCGAAGGAAUCGACAUGAGUGCGCAGCUGGACCAGGAGACAAUGUGGUUCAAUACACUCUGGGCAGAUAACGGCGACGCGGUUUCCAAGCAGUAUGCUUCGACCGCCGCUAUGAAGGGUGACUAUACUCGCACGCGAAAGCGCAACUAUAUGGGUGCUUUAAAUGACGCCAGUCUGUCGCUGGCACGCUUGUAUUCUGGAAUGGUGAAUGACUACUUUAGCCAAGCUGUCAUUGACUUUCUUCUAGGAAACGUCACCGGCAAAGUGUUUGAAGAAUUUGAAGCCAACAUGAUGACCAAGGAUCCUGCAGUCUCCGUUACAAGGAUGCGAAACCGUGCGAUCGAGCUUUGCCAAAAGCGAGUCAUUGCAAACGCGCAGGAAGAGGUCCAUGGAGGCUGGGUUCUCAUUAGCCCCAACGCCGCAGAUGUGGUCAAAUCAUUCCCGAUGGAAGAAGUGGUACUGCUAUUGACCAAUGUCGCGUUAUACCUGUGCCGAUUCGACUGGGAUCUCGACAAGGUAUCGUCAUUCGAACGGGUCAAUUUAGCAAACGUAACCGGCAUAAAAUUUGGCACCUAUAUUUCCUCUACAGUAUCGGCAGCCCAGAUGGACGAGCUGCGAAACGUUGGGUUUGUGCUAUCAUACCAGCCAGGGAAGAGCGACAUCAAACGAACCAAUACCCGAACCAUGUCAUCGCAGCAAGAUUUGGCCGUCACGCCUGCGGUAGACAGCACGGAUAGCAGCGUGCGAAGGCAGUCUGGGCUGGUUAGCUUCUUCUCUCCGCGUCCGAAGGGACCCACGGUGAGACAGUUUGCCUUCAAGGCAACGUAUACAGACUCGUCCACUGCGGCAACGCGGCCUGGCCCGAAGCAAACAGAAAUCCAGCAGGUUGUGACCAUUUGCUCUGAAAUUGAGAGGCUGGUUUUAGAUAGACAGCUCCGGAAAGAUGGAGAGGAGCCAAAGAGCAUCAUUGAGAAGGGCGACAUUAUCUCGCUUGACUCUGCCAAGCGCGAUACCGGGUUGCUUGAGCAGCUUGGACACUCGAUCAAAAAGCUAGUCUGGGCAUAA